AUGAAUGAAAUCGUUGAGAGCCAAGCUAUAAGCCUUGAACAAGAAUUUCCUCUUAAAAAAGGAUGGGCCUUGAAGGAAAAUCUAAAACUUGGUAAUAAAGGUGGAGGUAAACGUAUAUCAAAAAAGGUUGUUCAGUAUUUACAAGGUUAUUUUUUGGCUGGAAAUCUGAGAGCCGUGGAUCGCUAUUCACCAGAAAAUAUGCACACCUGUUUAGAAGAAUUGGCUGCAGAGGGAGAACUUACCUUGGAAGAAAUACCAACAGUAAAAACCAUCAAAGAAUGGAUAGGAAGGUAUAGUGCUAAUUUCAAAAAGGUAGCAUCAGAGAAGGCGCUGGUUGAAAAUAUGGAAAGUAAUCAAAGUGGAGCAGUUGCGAAAAGUAGUAUUAGGCCCAAUAAACGCCAAAAAAAAGGUUAA